UUCCACAUGUGUGCUACCCAGGCGUGACGAAGUAAACUAACACAGGUCUCGUUCUCACUCGGCAGACGACAUCGCUGGCCUGGGUACAGUUAGAGAAAAUCAAACGAACAUGGCUGUCAACGUUCUUCAACAUUCCCGACUCGUUAUUUUAGAGGGACUGAAAACCAGGUCAAGACAUUUUUCGACCGCUGUCAUCGCCCAGAAGAACUACAAACUCGUAGUCGUUGGUGGUGGUUCAGGGGGUUGUGCGGUUGCCUCUAAAUUCGUUAAAAAACUCGGAGCAGGAAAUGUGGCAGUUAUUGAGCCUUGUCAGCACCAUUACUACCAGCCAAUGUUCACACUAGUAGGUGGAGGAAUAAAGUCACUGUCUGAUGCCACACGACCAAUGAAAUCAGUCUUGCCAGCCAAAUGUGAUUGGAUUGAAUCAAAGGCCGUCAAAUUUGACCCCGUCAACCAGAAAGUCACAACAGCCAGUGGAGAAGAGGUUGGGUAUGACUACUUGGUGGUUGCUAUGGGAUUGCAGCUGAACUUUGAUAAGAUUAAGGGACUUCCAGAAGCAUUCGACCUUGACCCCCAGGUUGUAUCAAACUAUUGGACUAAGACAGUGGUAAACACCUAUCCUGCCAUACAGAGAUUCAAGGGAGGUAAUGCCAUCUUCACCUUUCCAAACACACCAAUCAAAUGUGCCGGUGCUCCCCAGAAGAUUAUGUAUCUUGCCGAGGAACUUUUCAGAAAGAACAACACAAGAAAAGAUACAAAUGUAAUAUUCAACACAUCCCUUGGUGUAAUAUUUGGUGUAAAAAAAUAUGCAGAAAGUCUUCUGAAAGUCGUAGAAUCCAGAAAUAUCCAAGUAAAUUACAAAAGGAAUUUAGUGGAGGUUCGUGCAUCAGAGCGUGAGGCCGUGUUUGAGAACCUCGAUAAUCCAGGGGAAAUGGAGGUGUUUAAGUAUGACAUGCUACAUGUGACUCCACCAAUGUCCACGCCAGACGAGCUUCGUACCAGUGACAUCGUGAAUGAAGCAGGGUUUGUUGAUGUAAACAAGGAGACACUGCAGCACAACAGCUUUCCAAAUAUCUUUGCCAUUGGUGACUGUAACAGUGCACCCACAUCUAAGACAGCUGCUGCUGUUGCGGCCCAGUGUGGAGUGUUGGAGCGGAAUCUGUCGGCUGUAAUGAAAGAAGGGAAGCAGUCGGCCAAGUAUGAUGGCUAUACUUCCUGCCCACUCAUAACCAGCCGAGGAAAGUGUAUCCUGGCCGAGUUUGACUAUGAUGCGCAGCCGCUGGAGACAUUCCCUAUAAAUCAGGGCAAAGAGAGAUCAACUAUGUACCACCUUAAGGCCAAGGUCAUGCCAGAACUAUACUGGAAAAUGCUUCUCAAGGGAUACUGGAAUGGUCCUGGUGUGUACAGGAAAUUAAUGAGGCUAGGAAUGGGGUCAUCACAAAAACCGUCCGCGUGAACACGUCUACCACUACUUCAUUACCUGAUGCUUGUGUGUUAACAGGGAGAUUUUCUGUGUGGAUUACAAUGUAUUUUUGUCUUAUUUAUUCACCGAUGGAUAAAGCUCUGAGUAUUAUGAUGUUACGCUACAUGGUAAUUGUGACCUUUCAAAGAUAACAUCAUGCUUAAUAAUAAGUAGAUUCUGAAUUUGAAACAUGUAAUGUAAACCAGAAACAAUGGUCAUUGAAGUGUGCCAAUGAAAAAAUGUGAAUAUUUGAUACAGUGCAACUUCCCAAAACUGUUCCUUCUCAAAACGGAUCACCUCUUUAUACCAAUAGAAAUGGUAAUGUACAGAAUUGAUCCUUCUUUAUUAUAGUAAUAAUGAACUUCCCAAUACCGACCCCUCUGAAUUCUGAAUACCAGACCGAUGUUAUAUCCAAAAUGGUUAAAAUAUACGGUAUCCAAUAUACUUCUGUGGCGAUUGUUGUAGGCUUGGUUUAGGGCAUACGUGUGAAGUAGGUAAAUUGGUACCAACCCACGACUGGAGGAGCAUUAUGAUUCAAUAACCAAAACAAUCAAGAUGAAACCAAAUUACCUUGCAUCAUUGACUAGGUGCAGUCUAUUAACCAUAAGAAAGCAAGUAGAACAUUUGAUCUUCAAAAGGCCCUGAAUAGGUUAUAUUAGCAGCAGACAGAUUCACAUACAACAAGGAAGCUAAAAGUAGAUCAAGCUUCAUCUUAAAAUAUAAUAUUGAUGUCUUGAAUAAGAUCGGUAGGAACUGGUUAAUGUUCAGAAUUAUAAAAAUAUUUUAUUUAUAAAACCAUGCCAAGUUUGCAAUGAAUAAACACCCCUUAUCUUACCCCAUAAGCACAGAGAUGUAGUGACAGGCCGGAUCCAGGUCAUUGCUAAUGACAAGCCUUGUAAAAUUACAUAACAAUGGCAUACGCCAGUUUGCAAUCAGUAUUACAAUUGAUCUAGUGUGUUUAAUUUCCAUAGAAAUCGGUAUUUUAUGUAAUCAUUAACUUCUAUAAUAUUGAUACUGCUUCAUAGAUACAAAUCGUCUUCCGAUUAAUAUUAUCCUCGGAUACUGACCGGUCAAAAUGGAUCAUUUCUCCAAUCUGAACUUUAUCUAAACCAGCCAAAUAUUCAUGUACCGUAAAAGAUUGGUUUAGUCAGAGAUGUUCCAAUGUAGCACAAAUCAUUUUACCAAAGAAGUAUGUUUUCCAUCUUGAAGCUUUUACUUGGAAAGAUUUUUUUAUAAGAAGGUCACAGCAGUAAUGUAUUUCUUGAACUAGACAGGCUAACAGGUAUACACACUAUCAGGUUAUGUAACAACUAGCAUUCCUGGGUAGGAUAUUUACUGGAUAAUUCAGUGGUUGUAUUAGACAGGAUGGAUAAAUUGGACAGGAUGCCAUUUCUUUAUGGUCAGAUUAGACAGGUGUUGGAACAAGUGUUUCACUGUGGCUUUAUACAUUGACAGGGUCAGACAAUCAUUUUGUAGGUGAAUUUUGCUCCAUCCUAUAUCCUUAUUAAUAAUGCAUAAUUAUAUUUGUUGAGUUUUUAAGAGAAACCCUAUUGUUAGAAUUAAUUGUGUCAUUUUCUGAUCAGUGUUCGUAAUAGGUUGUUCUCGGAUGGUAACAUCUCAUUGUUUUUUUAGGAUUUUGUGCAGUAAGUUUACCACAAGUAGAUUGUCAAAGUUUGUAUUUCAAACUGAUAUGCAUAGGUGCCAUAUGUCUGAUGUUCAUCACUGUCUCUCCAGCUUUUUGUCAGAAUACUUUAAUAUUAUAGUAUGCUAACUUAUAUUUCAUGUUCUGACUAGAUUAAAGGGCUACCUACCUUUCUGUAUUUCAACAUUCAUUCUAUUUGGAUUUCCCUAGGAUUCUUCUGGCCUCUAGCAUCCCUGACAUGUCCUAACAGGACAAAACAGCUGUAGGAUAUCUCUAAUGUCACUGACAUGUCCUAACAGGACAAAACAGCUGUAGGAUAUCCCUAACAUCACUGACAAGUCCUAACAGGACAAAAUAGCUGUAGGAUAUCUCUAACAUCACUGACAAGUCCUAUUAAAAUGACAAAACAGCUGUAGGACACAGUUUAUAUUAUUUACUUAGCUCUGCUGUAUCUUACUAAAUCCCGUAAUAUAUAUCUUUUUUAAAAUCCUCAGAUCAAUACAGACGUCUCAUCAUUACUUUCUAGGUAUUAAUCUGUUUUUGAUGGAUUCUACAAAGUGCUGAACGUGAAAUACAGUAGAGAUACUGUAUAUUGAUUAUGUGAAUUACGGUUGAAAUACUGUACAUUUUGUAUAUCAAUUAUGUGAAUUAUGGUAGAAAUGCUGUAUAUUGAUUAUGUGAAUUACGGUUUAAAUUCUGCAUACUGAUUUUUAUCUAGCUUUAAUAAUCUAAUUAUGCUUGUUAAUUAAUGUAACUGUUAUCCUUUUUUGAUUUACCGGUGCACUAUAAUUAUAAAACCUUUACUUUUCAUGUAGAGCUUUUAAUGUUACAAGUAUCAAAUUACAAUUGUGGGGAUGGUUAGGAAGUGUAGUGGACAUGUAGCUGGCCUUUACAAGGUGGUUGGGUCUGAUUUCUGUAUCUGACAUGAAAACAUGAAGAAGUCAUUUACCCAACCACUUAGCUAUUUCACCAGGUACUUUCCUCCCUCUAUAAAACCACUUACAGGUUUUUAUUGCUUGUUUCAUAAUUGCUAAAAAAAAUAAAGUUUGAUUUUAGAACUUUAUUACAUACAUGAAAAAAUGAACGAGAAAAAAUGUGCCAGAGAUUUAUAUCAAUGUACAUCAUUAGUACAUGUAUUCAUACUAACAUAGCUUUUACCAAUGAUAUGAUAAUAUAUUUGUUAUGAUUGUAAUAAUUAUGUUCAUGAUUUAUUUUGCGAUUUUUCUUCAUUUCCCUGGUGAUUUAACUUUUAUUGAUUUAUAGAAUUAUAUAUAAUUGUUUUUAUGUGAUACAUUUUUACAGUUGAUCAUGAUGAAUAUUUUGACCUUCCUGCCUUUCUGGUGAACCUGAUAGAGCUGUGAGGUGUUUUGGUGUUAAGCAUUUUGCUUUAAUAUGUUACAUGUGAAUCCAAAGAGGUUAGAAGUGGUUAAAGUCAUAAAAUAAAAAUAAAAAUCAUGUAUUUAUGUCAAAUCUAUUUUAAUAUAAUGCAUUUUCUCUGAGAACCAGUUUCUGAAAGAGACAUAUUUAUUUUGGAAAUGAGUGUAAAGACUUCAUGCUAUUUUCCUAAGAUUUUAUCCCCUGUUUGGUAGUUUUGUAACUAUGAAAUUUGUUAUAUCUUGUUUCGAUUUCAUUUCUGUUUUUGAUAUACAUGUACAGAUGAGCUUCAAAGGCUCAAAAGUGACUUCACAACAGAGGUGGUCUCUCAGAAGAGCUUUAAUACAUGUAACAUGAAUUGCUGGUUGAGCACAUUGAAGCUUCUAGUGCAUUCUGUAUUAAACACAGUCAGGGCCUAGGAAAAACUUUCAUAAGCACUCGUCCAUCGGACUAGUGGCCUGGUUAAAAGUACUCGUCCGAACAAAGAAUUCACUAGUCCGGAAAAAUAAUCCAAUUUUCAUUGAGCCAUUUUUAUUCAGACAUCCUCGGACAACACCCAUUAUACUUACAUGUCACCCAGAACAUUCGGAGGUUAUCGGUCAUCGUAAAUGGACUUCCGAUCUACAGAUGAAGAUAUGCCUACUUAUACCUGCUUUCAUGCAGAAAUUUUACUAUUUUUAGUAAUAAUCGCACAAAAAAGAAUACAUAACUAACAAUGCAUCGAUUGUUAAGCAAUUUUAUUACUGAAUACUGAAAUAACAUAGAAAAAUUCUAUUCGUCCGACGGACUAGUUGACAUCCGCCGGCAAAAUCUACUCCUCAAGACGAGCGGACGAGUGCUUUUGCCGGGUUCUGACAGUUUAUAUGCUUCAUUCUAAGGAGAACAUUUGUAUUGCUUUUCUUGGUAAUAAAGGUUGAUUGAGAAAUAAAACAAUAUUUCUGAUUGA